GAUCUCGGCACCCCAGUUGCCCAGGUAGCCCAGGCAGCCCAGGCCCUCCACGAGGCUGUUGUUGACGACGACUUGUGGCUGGCUGCGAGGCUGACCUGACCUCACCACCCGCACUGCUUUUAUCCGGCACACGAUACUACUCAACCAAUCAUCCCUCUUCUCUCCAGAAUUACACAUAAGAGAAGUCAGCCCCCCAUGCUUGGAACCCUCAGUCUGCCCUCCCGGGCCCGGCUCAAGCCUCUUGUUGUUGUCUCGUCCUUCCUCACGGCCAACACCACCAUGCCUUACUCAGUAUCCGUCAACCAGCCCUUGCUGGGUGCUGCUCCCGACGGUGCAGAGUCCAAGCCUCACCACGUCAAAAACAGCCAUGGCACCACCACCAAGUUCCAAAACCCUCACCCCUCAUACAAGGCUGCCUUCCAGCCCUGGGAGUUCCCCAUCAAGUCCAUCAUGGGCCAGUUCGACGGCACCAUGAGGAUGCCAGCCCCAAAGGGUGAGACGGUGCCCGUCCAGACGCCCGAGUUCCUGGCCUCGCGCCACGGCUCCCAGGACCUGCGCACCACCUGGCUCGGCCACGCCUGCCACUACGUCGAGUUCCCCUCCGGCCUGAGGGCCCUCUUCGACCCCGUCAUGGAGGACCGCUGCUCGCCCUUGACCUUUGCCGGCCCCCAGCGCUACACGCGCCGCGCCUGUGCCGUCGCCGACCUGCCCUUCCUGGACGCCGUCUUCAUCUCGCACAGCCACUACGACCACCUGUCCCUGCCCACCGUGCACGAGGUGAGGUCCCGCUUCCCGCACGCCCACUUCUUUGUCGGCCUCGGCCUGGCCGGCUGGUUCCGCGACUCGGGCGUCGAGAACGUGACCGAGAUGGAUUGGUGGGAGGACGCCGAGGUCACGAUCAAGCCGGACGCCGACGAGAAGGACGACAAGGACGACAAGGCCGCCGGCCAGGGGAUCAUCACGGCGAUGGUCUCGUGCCUCCCCGCGCAGCACGGCUCCGCCCGCUCGCCCUUUGACCACGACAAGACCCUGUGGUGCUCGUGGGCGGUGCGGUCGGCAGCCAAGUCGGUCUACUUCGCAGGCGACACGGGCUACCGCUCCAUCCCGGCCGCCAUCAGGGACGAGGAGGCGACGCACGACUACGGCGGCGGGCAGCUGGCCGACCUGCCGACGAACCCGGACUUCAAGGCCAUCGGCGCCCUGCGCGGGCCCUUUGACGUCGGCCUCAUCCCCAUCGGCGCGUACCGCCCGCGCGCCCUCUUCUCGCCCGUGCACGCGAGCCCCUCCGACGCCGUCGAGAUCUUCCGCGACACCAGGUGCGGGGCCGCCCUCGCCAUCCACUGGGGCACCUGGGCGCUGACCUCGGAGCCCGUCAUGGAGCCCCCCGUCAGGCUGAGGGAGGCGCUCAGGCGCAGGGGCCUCCCCGAGGAGGGCGUCUUUGAUAUCUGUGACAUCGGCGAGACGCGCGUGUUCUGAGGUGCGGGCCAGGGCCAGGGCCAGGGUCAGGUGGAAAGAGACAAGUUGGAAGUGAGUGGGAGGAGGGGUUGUGGCAUGAUCGGGAGGGGGAUGGCCUCUCUCGUGUGUGCGUGUUUACUACGACCGGCAUUUAGCAAGGCGUUUGAGGCCGGGUGUGGGUCCUUUUGUACAUUUAGCAUCUUACUGCAUGAGAGGCGCGGUGGUGGCAUAAGUCAAGGGAGAGAAAGGCUCUUGACAGGGAGCGGCUGCUCAACAUGAAUGAUAGAAUCAGGAGUCAGAGACACCGGCUUGUCGGGGGCAUACGGCUCCCUCUACCUCUCUCUCUGGGAACUAACACUCAGCUUCUAGAUCAGAUGGAAGCCAUCAAUCACAUCAAACAACAACAUUUGAG